CCCCUCUCCCGCUCCACUGCCACCCGCCAUGGCCACCGUAACCAUGACUGCCAACUCCGACCUGAGUACCCGCUGCGGUGCCGUCCGUGCCGAAUUGAAGACCUGGGAGAAGCAGUUCGCUGCCGCCAACGGAGGCCGCAAGGCAGGACGCGGUGACAUAAAAGUGAACGCGAGCAUCGCAUCCAAGUACAAGGAAUACAACAAGCUCCGCGACAUCCUCGACGGCAAGACCAAAGCCCCCAGCAAACCUGACCAGCCUGCCUCGCCCAAGCGCAAAGCCUCCGCCACCCUUCCGACGUCAGAGACUCCCACCAAGAAAGUAAAGACGGCCUCGAGCAUACCGGUCGCCACACCUACCCGACACUCUGCCAACCGGCCAAGCGUGCAAGAAAAACUCCUCUCCGCGUCAAAGCUUUUCUCCCCGUCCCACGCCAAGCUCAUGCUUGGCCCCACGCCGCAAAAGGACGGUAUUGUGUUAGGAAUCUUCGACCUGCUCCCGACCGAAAGCCCAAGCAAGCCGCGCACCGUUCUUGGCGACAUCGAGGCCAAUACGCUGCGCACACCGCAGAAAGCCACCUCCUCCUACACUGACGAUGAGCUCCUUCAGAGCGGCCGGCUCUUCAGCCGCACACCCGUCUCUGAGGGCAAACGUAAUUUUCUGGACCAAUUCGCGACGCCCAUGAAACGGAAGCGUGGCGAUGAGCAGGGCACGCCGUCUUCCAGGGGCCAAGCCACUCCGAUGUUCCUGCGGAGAGACUUUAGGACACUUGAGACUGUGGCGGAGGAUGUGCCUUUGAGCCCUAAGCCGAGGAAACCCAGGAGCUUCAUCCGAAGCUUUAGCACCAUCUUGCAAGAACGGAAGAAGGAGAUGGAAAAGGACAAGAAGAAGGAGCAAGAGGAACUGCAGCGACAGGAAGCCCAAAGACAGCAGGAGGAGCCCGACUACGACGAUGAUGAGGAAGCCCUUAGGGAAUUAGAAGCAGAGGCAGAAGACCUGCCCAUGCCCAAGAGAAAGGCCACGGACGUACUCGUCGCAGACAGCCAGGCCACCAUGAAACUCGGCGCCGACGGCGAAAACCUCUCCGACACGGACGAAGCCAGCGACGCAGAAAAUGACGGCCAACAGCCGCGCAAGGCGUGGAAGAAGCGCGGCCAGAAGCGCCAGACCAAGCGCGUCAUCAUGAGGCCCGUCCGCACGCGUCCGCAGUCACAACCCUCGGCAGCGCCCGCUGCCUCCGAUGGUGAUGACGAAAGCGCAGAAGAGGGCGACGAGGUGCAUGACGACGAGACCUCGGUCGUGCCCGAGACGCAGCUGCAGCAUGCUACGCGCUUGGACCAAGACGACGAGUCAGACAGUGCGACCAUUCCUGAUGGGGAAGAAUUGGACCACGGCAGCGACUACGAUGACGAGGCACAAGCGAGUAAGAAGAAACCGCAGACUAAGCCGGAAACCACUACCACGGUAAAGAGCAAGACAAACGGUGCACAGAAGGAGGAAAAUAAGGAAGAAAAUAUUGUCAAGAAGGCGGCGCGCAAGAUUGGCGCGACGGCGCACGCGAACUUCCGCAGGCUGAAGAUUAAGAACAAGAAUUCCAGGGCUGGUGGUGGCGGAGGGAGAUGGGGGCGGAGUAGGCGGUAGUGUAAGCUGUACUUUGUUAAGGGUAUAUUUUUUAUAGGUGGUUGAUUCAUCAUCCAUCAUUUUAGUGUGGAGCAACCGUUUCCGAUGAAGACAGCAGUGUAGAAAUACCAGCAGUGGUUCUCCAGCACACAGACCAGCACCUGCCUAUAAGCACAAGUAUAAAUACCGGCUAAGUAGCGACCAUAUUUCCUCUGCAG